CCACUAUAUAAGGUUCGACGAGUCUCCAUUCAACGUCAUUUGAUUGAAACUACAUUUUCUACCAACAUUUCUCGCCUAAGGAAUUACCUUAAAGUUCUUAAAAAUAUGGCCCUGCCGCAGAAGCACUUCAAGAAGGGUUCCCCCAAACCGGAAAUUCCCGAGGAUGGAAUCCUGCGUUACUACUCCAUGAAAUUCUGCCCGUACUCACAGCGUGCCGGUUUGGUUCUGGCCGCCAAGAAGAUUCCCCAUCAUACGGUCUACAUCGAUCUCAGCGAGAAACCCGAAUGGUACAUCGACUACAGUCCUCUGGGCAAGGUGCCGGCCAUCCAGUUGCCUCAUCUGCCAGGACAGCCCGCUCUGGUGGAGUCCCUGGUCAUUGCCGAGUACCUGGAUGAGCAGUAUCCCGGCGAGGGUUCCCUCUUCCCCAAGGAUCCGCUGCAAAAGGCACUCGAUAGGAUCCUAAUCGAACGCUUGGCACCCGCUGUCAGUGCUAUUUACCCCGUGUUCUUUACGAAAGACCCUCCCGUCGAUGCCAUCAAGAACUUUGAGACCGCACUGGAUGUCUUCGAGCAGGAGAUUACCAAGCGGGGAACGCCCUACUUUGGAGGCGAGAAGAUCGGCAUUGUGGACUACAUGAUUUGGCCCUGGUUCGAGCGAUUCCCUGCCCUCAAGUACUCCCUGGAUGAGCCCUACGAAUUGGACAAGACGCGCUAUCAGAAUCUGUUGAAGUGGCGCGAUCUGGCGGCCCAGGAUGAGGCUGUCAAGGCCACUGCUUUGGAUGCCAGGAUCCAUGCCAAGUUCAUGCGUACCCGCCACGAGGCAAAGCCCAACUACGAUAUCGCCUUCGAGCCUUUGUAAAGGAUCCAAAAGCUGGCUGAUAUGUAUACCCUGUAGAACAGGAAUCAAGAUACUUAAACAGAUAUUGUGAAACCGCUCAGCGGAAAGACAUUAAAUCCAUAUAUGUACUCCACAUCGAA